AUGAAUCAUCGCAGCGGCGAGGGGCACAUGGAAUGGGAAUACAGUGGCAUUGCGCCCUGCGACCCUUCCAGUCCCUUUACGCAAGUCGCACAACGAAACACGGGCUUCAGUGGCUUCUCAUCCCCUUCUAAAGGAAAUGGGCGUCCAAAUCCAUUUGCAAGCGUCCCUUCCUCAGCCAAACCACAGCCGCCGUCGGUGACCCGUUUCGCACCUCAUAUUCCGCCUAAAAGUGCCGCACCUCCCUUCCGUAACCCAGCUUUCACGACGCCGCGAAGACCGCUCGAAGAAACAGUUCUCUCUGAAGCCUCCGGGGCAGAAGAUAGCCCAGCCCCCACAGAAGCGUCCGAUAUGCCGAACGACACUCCGGACGUGGACCACAUGGGCGACGUGUUUAUGGGAGGCGUCAUUACUCCAACCAAGGUCAGCAAAUCGGCACGUUACGGCCGAUAUCUGCGCGAAAAGAAACACACCUCGGGCAAGGGCGAGAUUAGGAACAGCCGAGACUCGUCACGCGCAGCCCUUCCGCGGAAGCGGAAGCGACACAACCUCGACCGCGACGUAAGCAGCGUUGUGCGCUAUCAGGAUAACGAUGAGUCGGAAGGCGAAACGGAUGCGUCUGUCUGGUCCGAAGGCAGAGCGCAAAAGGGCCAAGGCAGGCGGCAGCAGCGCGGAUUUUUAGGCUCCAUCUUUCACAUGCUCGACGAACAUCCUAAUGCACCUGAAAAUCUGCAUCGGUGGAUUCAGCUCUUCAUCAACAUGCUAGUGGCCACAACCGUGAUUGGUGUCGGGUGGUCCAUUGUGUCGACGAUUCGUUCUGACAUUCGGAACGCGAACGAGGGCGCUCGCCUAGAAAUCCUGAGCUCAAUUGCAGAGUGCACAAAACACUGGAAGGACAAUGGUUGCGAGACCAAUGAUAGGCCCUUCUUUCAGUCUCAGUGCGACAAGUGGUACGACUGCAUGGUACAGAACCCAGAGUCGAUUAUGCGAGUCAAGGUUACGGCGAAGCAAAUCGCCGAGAUUAUCAACGAAUUCUCAGAAGCGAUGAAUUUCAAGGCAUGGGGGUUCUUCUUCGCCGUCAUCAUCCUGUGCGUGUUCGGAAACAAUCUGGUUCUCGGUCGCGGUUCCAAUGGCGGCCACGCAGCGCCGUAUAACCGGGAGCCAGUGAAGAGUGCUAACGGCAUGGGCGACGACUCUGGUGUCAUGUGGAUGCCCGUUCAGACGCCACGGAUGAAGCGACACGCUUUACUGGAAGAUGGAUCUGAUACCGACAGCUCCCUCCCACGAGCGACACCGUUGAUGCUGCCACAUUACACACCAAGCGGGCGCAGGAGCCCGAGCAAGGGCGAGCGGGCUAGGAGCCCAGUCAAGUACUCGCGAAGCCCAAUCAAAGCUCUCUAG